UCUCCGCAGGAGGCGCUGCGUGUGGAGGAAAGUGCUUUGAGGUUUCGACAGGUGGCGCUGUUGCCAAGACCCGAGACUUUUAAAACCACCAGGAAGAAGAAGCCGGAGAUUUCGUUUGCGAUGGCCUGCGCUGUAAAAAUGACUCAAUUAGAGACGCUAAAUUCGUUUUUCUGUGAACGUUUAAUGGCUGUGGCUGCUGAGAUAUUUCAAGCAGUGAAGGACACUCUCUCUGAGUACCAGGACGAAAUGGACCGCUCCAAACGGGAGAUUGUUUAUCUGAGGAAAAUGCUAGCCGAAGUUAGCAUUAGCGCUGGAGCAGAUGCACAGACAAACCAGGCAGAUGAGUUUCCUGUUGAGCAGCAGAAUUCCAACCAAGAGCCACUGGAGUCUUCAGUGAUCCAGGUGAAGCUGGAACUUAGCACCAUGGAGCAGGAUUCUGAAACACAGCAGCCUUUAUGCGAAGCAUCCACUUGCUGUGUCCCUGCCGUUUCCGCCAAGGCUAGUGAACCACCCCACUACAAAACGGGUGCCGCAGACGAGGAGGACGUUGGUGUAUGCACGGACUCCCAUGUCACAGUCAAAUUGGAGCAGUGCUCGGAUGAGUUGAAUUCCUGUGCGAUCCAAACUGAAAGUUUAUGGAGCCAGUUUAGGAACGCUGAAGAUGAGGCAGGCCCCCACCCUUCCACUCAGUUUGACUUUUCUCAUCAAACGUUUAACUUGCGAAGCCCCUCUACAGAAAAUGUACAUCAUUACAAGGCAUGUGCCAAGCCUUUCAGAGGAGGGCUUUUGAAGACCCACAUGGUAGUGCAUCAUAAAGCAAGAACAUAUCGCUGCGAUUUGUGUGGGAAGUGCUACAGCACUUCGUAUGCUCUCAAACUCCACCUGAGAACUCACACAGGAGAACGGCCGUACACCUGUAAGUUCUGUGUGAAGACGUUCAAUCAGAAAGCUCACGUGAAGGAACACGAGAGGAUCCACACAGGUGAAAAACCCUACAGCUGUUCAGUGUGCGGAAAACAUUUCAAUCGGACGUAUCAGGUGAAGGUGCACAUUCGGAAUUAUCAUCCUGAUGAAGUGGCUACUAUCAUCAGAAGUCGGCAACAUAAGUGAUAGUUUUGAAAGAUCUCAAUCUUAAUUUACUGCAUAUCAGGAGUUCUACGUUUUUUUUCUUUCUGUGAAGGCACUGCAGGCUUUGUAGAAAAUUAUUAUGAAUUAGUGAUGUGUACACAAGUUAACACUGUAUUCAUGCUAACAGAGUAUGUGCUACCAUGCAGAGACUUUUUUUUUUUUUGUUCAUUUUAGGUUCUAUUUCAUCUAGCAUUUUACUGUGGGCAAGUUAUUAAUAAGCGUCUAUUGAUGUUGCCAUUCUCAAGAAAAAGACAUUGAUGCUCUGUCUCUUCUCUCAUUCCCAAUAUUAGGGCUACAACAAAAUAUUACACAGACAGAGCCUGUGAUUAUAAUUGCAUACAUCAAUUUUGUAUCUCCCUCGUCACCCAGAUUGCUUUGGCAGUUGGCUUGUGUUUUCAGGACAGCGCUCUACUUUUUUGGCAAUCUCUGGUUUUGGCUUUAGAAAGGCAACAACAUUCUUGUUCACAGCUGUGUUUUAAUGAAAAUAAGUUUGCUGCUGACCCUGUUGUGAUGAACGUACCAAAUCAGUCAUUUUAAGGCUGUUCUACUUGGCCUGUAUGAUUGGCCCUAAACCUGUUUUCUGUCGUACAUUGCACUGUUUUGUUUUACUAGACGUUUUGAGGUGUAACAUAAAGAAUAAGAAAAUGAAUAAACAAAAAUUGAAUGCUC